CCCAUUUCUCCAUUGUCAGAUCAUACAAAGAGACAAUCCCAUUUCUCCAUUGUCAGAUCAUACAAAGAGACAAUCCAUUUCUCCAUUGUCAGAUCAUACAAAGAGACAACCCAUUUCACCAUUGUCAGAUCAUACAAAGAGACAACCCAUUUCUCCAUUGUCAGAUCAUACAAAGAGACAACCCAUUUUGCCAUUGUCAGAUCAUACAAAGAGACAAUCCAUUUCUCCAUUGUCAGAUUAUACAAAGAGACAACCAAUUUCUCCAUUGUCAGAUCAUACAAAGAGACAACCCAUUUCUCCAUUGUCAGAUCAUACAAAGAGACAAUCCAUAUCUCCAUUGUCAGAUCAUACAAAGAGACAACCCAUUUCUCCAUUGUCAGAUCAUACAAAGAGACAACCCAUUUUGCCAUUGUCAGAUCAUACAAAGAGACAAUCCAUUUCUCCAUUGUCAGAUUAUACAAAGAGACAACCAAUUUCUCCAUUGUCAGAUCAUACAAAGAGACAACCCAUUUCUCAAUUGUCAGAUCAUACAAAGAGACAAUCCAUAUCUCCAUUGUCAGAUCAUACAAAGAGACAACCCAUUUCUCCAUUGUCAGAUCAUACAAAGAGACAAUCCAUUUCUCCAUUGUCAGAUCAUACAAAGAGACAAUCCAUUUCUCCAUUGUCAGAUCAUACAAAGAGACGGCCCAUUUCUCCAUUGUCAGAUCAUACAAAGAGACAAUCCCAUUUCUCCAUUGUCAGAUCAUACAAAAGACAAUCCAUAUCUCCAUUGUCAGAUCAUACAAAAAGACAAUCCAUUUCGCCAUGGUUAGAUCAUUGAAGAAAUCACAUUUACACUCAUAAUCAUAUCACACACCUUGCAAUAUACAGGUACCAUACAAUCAUGUACUUUGGAAUGUAUCCUCAGGUUCUGCUACCUUUAAAACAUGCAAGCAAUAAAACCUAUGUACAGUGAAUACCUAUGGAGCCACAAAAAUGUGUUCACUUUAGGCAGGACAGGUGUUCAAUUCAGAUAGGCAAUUAUUUACAGAACUCAGUGGAAUAUUUGCUGAGAAGAGGUGUGCAGUUGACACAGGUGUUCACAAAAGAGAGGUGUUCACUUAGACAGGUUUAACUGUAAUGAGCUACAUUCUAUUUUCAUUUAUAACACUAACUUAAUGCUGGACUGUCUAUUCCCCUGCUGUAACUUACAAUGAUUUCAAUUU